UGCCUCCUCGACUCGUGACUGAGAUUGUCACGUGGGUUCCAUGUGGACGGAUAUGUGGCGGUGCAAUGUGUGGCGCGAUGUCAUCGUGGCGUCAGGCUUUUCUGUCUUUCAGGUCGUUUCCGUCCGAUCAUUGGUCGAUGCGCGUCAGGCGCUAAACUGUAUAUGAACAGAUCUGCCCUCGUAUGUGGAUCGAGGGCCAAAGCGACGUCCCUACUCGAGGAAGGCGCCACUGGCGCUUCCCGUGGCUUGGGUGCGGGCUGCCCAAAUGACAUCAUAUCAUUUGGCCAACCGGGAAUUGUGAUCAAUGGUGAUCCCUUGAAAACCAACAGCACUGGGCCGCGUAAUAUCUUCUAUCUCGUCGGGCUUUUGAUGCUCAUCGUGGUUCUCCAGCUUUAUCAGAUUGUUGUUUACUAACUUCCUUCCCAACUUGACCAAUGUCUCAUUCGGCCUCCUUCAUGGCCGGCACUUCACAAGGGGAGAAAGAGAAGAAGUCUAGGAGCCUUUCUCGGCUCCUGGGGAAACGAGACAAGACGCCUGAGAACAACAUGCCUGAUUCCGCAUAUCAGAGCUCUACAAAUAGCACCGACGCCGCCCCGAAAAGUAACACCACUCCUAACAAUGAGAUCAUUCCCGUCGACAAAAAUACCGCCUUGAGACCCAUGAAUAAUUCUUCCUCGGAAAUCAUCUCUGCUGAGAAGAACAGUGAGAUUGGCAACAUUGAUCAAGACAGAAACCUCGCCCUCAAACCGUCCACGGGCGAAGUAUUUGACGAAGACACCGGUGAAGUAGUCACGGUAGUCACCACUACAACUACCACGACCACCACGACCACAACAAGAGGUGGAAAAAAGACUCAAGAUGUCAACCGAGAUGUUGUACAAGAUAUCAGACCACCGCCGGAUCAGGUCAUGCCCGCAGCACGACCCCCUUUACUAGAACCCAGCCAACAGGGCUAUGCUACCACCAUUGACGGACGACCGCCAUUGCUGGAGAUGCCUGCAGGCUCCACGGGGAGGAUGCAUUCACCUCAACCUGCAACAAUACCAACUAGCACCACCCACCAAGUCACUCAAAACCCCGCUCUCCCACCGCCGCAACAGACUCCUCAACACCUACCCCAGUUGCCGCCUCCAUCGUCAACAGGUGGCGCGCCAUUCAAAGACUCGCCCCCAGUGCCGACACGAAGCGCCAUGCGUAGGUCACAAGAAGUCACUCGUGACCCAUCAUUUGAAUACGCCCCAGUCAGCCCGGUUGACGUGCCUGGAGCCUUCCAUGGAACAGGUACAACGCCUCCCGCCAGUCCAUCACGGCAAAACUUUAGUUACCCAACUCGGGCAGCACCUCCUGGUGGUGCUCCUCCUUCCAUUCACCAAACCGAUCAGCCCCAGAGACAUAACGGCUCAACCAUUAAUGACUUGAAACUGGCGGCCAAGGGUAUUCACGGUGUUGGUGAGACUCUUAGGGGAACCUUCAAUUCAACAAUUGACAAGAACUUUCCACGAAAGAACGAAAAGAAGGCGGCGGCUAAGAACCUGCAAAACGAGCAAGUCUUGGCUCGGGGGAGAAGUGAAAUGCAGGGGAUACCGGGCGGGUGGCCUGGACACCAUGGACCUGCAUUCGAGGCUGAGCCCGCGCCUGUCCAAAGUCAUCCAACCGGCGCAGCAAGCACAACAACAGUGGGGACUAGUCCGCCGCGAGAAAAGGGAACGCUGGGGAAGUUGUUCAAGCGGAAACCCGUGGGUGCUCAAGAAGCCGAACCCCUUACGACAACAGCACCACCUUCGACCCGGCAAUCGCAUCGAUUCUUCUGAGUUGGUAUGAUGGAUCGUCGUGGAAAGAAUUCGAUUUUUCUGUGAGAUGAGGAGCGUUAAGUCGAAUUUUGAAGGAUGUACAAUUACGAUCGUCUGUAUCACUCGCUACAGCAGCUAUUUGAGCCACGAAUACCAGCCAUAUAAUGAUAUGAUGCCAUGGAUGUUUAUAGUCGGCUCCAAACGAAUCAUGCCAAGGUUUUGAGGAGGACUCCAUGUAGAUCAGGUGGAUGAAUAUAAGCAAUGACGACCAACAGGACAGAAAGUAAUGAGCGCUUAAGGGAGGCUUUUGAUGCCAC